GUCUUGUCGCCUCGGCGCGCGCGCUCGCGGGAGUCGAGGCUGCGGCGCCGGCACUGGGCAAGCGCCCGAGGCCUGGGCGAGCCCGCGGCGACGACCGCGCUCGGCGCAGCGUUUCCUGCCGGCUGUCCCGCCCCCGGCGGCUCGUGCGGCUGGACCUGGGCUGUGGCGGCAGGGCGGGAAGAUGCCACAGCCCGAGUCCCAGAAGGCCGGGAUCUUGCGUUGCCGGCGCCGGGAUUCACCAGAGGAUCUUUCUGGGAUCUUCACCUUCACCUUGAGGACCUGGUGGGGUUCCUGGAGAUAAAGCCCACAGAAGUGUGCCAGCCCCCAGGACUGCAUUCUGGAGUUUCUAACGCUCAUGCCAGUUCACACCCAACUCCAGCACAAGUUUAUGGCUCCAGCAGCGUUUGCUCCAGGGAGAGCUUCUCUUUUCUGCUUGGGCAUUAGAUCAGACAGGGCAUUAAAGAGUCAUGGUUAGCCUCUACCAGCCCAUAUUCACUGACCAAGAAACUGAAAAUGGCCCUUCAGCUAUGCUAGGUUUAUAAUGGGAAGCAUCACAGUUCGAUAUUUCUGUUAUGGAUGCCUUUUUACAUCUGCGACCUGGACAGUUUUGCUUUUUGUUUAUUUCAACUUCAGUGAAGUGACUCAGCCACUUAAGAAUGUGCCCAUCAAGGGGUCUGGGCCCCAUGGGCCAUUCCCCAAAAAAUUCUAUCCCCGUUUCACCCGAGGCCCAAGUCGAAUAUUAGAAUUACAGUUCAAAGCAAACAAGAUUGAUGAUGUGAUAGAUAAUCAUAUUGAAGAUGCAGAAAAAAGCAACAUGAAAUUCUCUUCUGAAUUGGGUAUGAUUUUUAAUGAACAUGAUCAGGAGUUGAGAGACUUGGGGUAUCAGAAGCAUGCCUUCAAUCUCCUUAUUAGCAACCGCUUGGGCCACCACAGAGAUGUGCCAGAUACAAGGAAUGCAGCAUGUAAAGAUAAGAUAUACCCUACAGAUCUGCCAGUUGCUAGUGUUGUUAUUUGUUUCUACAACGAAGCCUUGUCUGCUUUGCUGCGGACUGUGCACAGCGUCCUGGACCGCACACCAGCCCGGCUUCUCCAUGAAAUCAUCCUUGUGGAUGACAGCAGCGACUUCGAUGAUUUGAAAGGAGAAUUAGAUGAAUUUGUCCAAAAACAUCUCCCUGGAAAAAUUAAAUUAAUAAGAAAUACAAAACGUGAGGGAUUAAUUCGAGGAAGAAUGAUAGGAGCAGCUCAUGCAACAGGAGAAGUCCUGGUGUUCCUGGACAGCCACUGUGAAGUGAACGUGAUGUGGCUGCAGCCCUUGCUGGCCGCCAUCCGGGAGGACCGGCAGACAGUCGUGUGCCCAGUGAUCGACAUCAUCAGUGCGGACACUCUGGCCUACAGCUCGUCCCCUGUGGUGCGUGGAGGGUUCAACUGGGGACUGCACUUCAAAUGGGAUCUUGUUCCCCUUUCUGAGCUCGAAGGACCAGAAGGAGCUACUGCACCGAUAAAGUCACCUACAAUGGCUGGAGGACUGUUUGCCAUGAAUAGAAGCUACUUCAGUGAACUUGGGCAAUAUGACAGUGGCAUGGAUAUCUGGGGAGGAGAAAACUUGGAAAUAUCAUUUCGGAUUUGGAUGUGUGGGGGUAAGCUCUUCAUCAUCCCCUGCUCCAGAGUCGGACACAUUUUCCGGAAAAGGCGACCCUAUGGUUCCCCUGAAGGCCAGGACACCAUGACACACAACUCCUUGAGGCUGGCACACGUUUGGUUGGAUGAAUAUAAGGAGCAGUAUUUUUCCUUAAGACCUGACCUGAGGACAAGAAGCUAUGGGAAUGUCAGUGAGCGUGUUGAAUUGAGGAAGAAGUUGGGCUGUAAAUCAUUUAAAUGGUAUUUGGAUAGCAUUUACCCAGAGAUGCAGAUAUCUGGGCCCAAUGCCAAACCCCAGCAACCCAUUUUUAUCAACAGAGGGCCAAAACGCCCCAAAAUCCUUCAGCGUGGAAGGCUUUAUCACCUCCAGACCGGCAAGUGUCUGGUGGCCCAGAGCCGCCCAAGUCAGAAGGGAGGCCUAGUAGUGCUUAAGGCAUGUGACUACCGUGACCCAAACCAGAUCUGGAUUUAUAAUGAAGAGCAUGAAUUGGUUUUAAGUAAUCUCCUUUGCCUGGAUAUGUCAGAAACUCGAUCAUCUGACCCACCCCGACUCAUGAAGUGCCAUGGGUCGGGAGGAUCCCAGCAGUGGACCUUUGGGAAGAAUAAUCGGCUGUACCAGGUGUCAGUUGGACAGUGCCUGAAAGCGGUUGAUCCGCUGAGUCACAAAGGCUAUGUUGCUAUGGCAAUCUGUGAUGGCUCCUCCUCACAGCAGUGGCAUUUGGAAGGUUAAGGCGGAUGCGAUGACUGGAAUGGAAUGCUUGUCCUGGGAAGAUCAGCAGACGUGAAGCAGCAGACAUACUCUACUGUCCAUUUCGGAACACCGAGUGACCAUCGGGCGGUGAAGCAGUAUGUGACGUUGGGUCAUUUCUAGGCCACUGUUAAGGAACUUCUUAUUUAAUGGUAGGAAAUCAGAAUACAGUUUUAAUAUAAAGAGUCAGGUUUUACAGAAGGACUAUACCCAGGAAAUUGCUAGGUCUAUUCAAAUUAGUUUAUGCUUUUUAAUCCCCGUUAAUAAUGGAAUGGAAUGUGUCAUGAUUUCCUUUCUUAGAAGAAUUCAUAGCAGACUAGUUAACUUUAAACAAACUGACUGAAUCCAACAUUGUUUAUAAGAUCAUAUUUAAGGGGUGGUUAACUACUAUAAAUUAUUUUCAUGAAUUAUGGUACUAUAGACAUUUAAAAUAAAGAAUCCUUUUAAUUAUUUACCUUUUUGUAGUGGAGACUCAGGUCUGAGCUGUCCUAUGUCUGUGAUGCAUGGUAAGAAAUAAACUUGGAUUCAGCUGA